GACGCAGCAGUAUACAGUAAGAUGUUUCACAGAAAUCAGUUGUUGGCUACUUUCCAGUGUACUUCCUGAAUGGCACAAGUACUGUAGACGAUCGCACGCUGGAAAACAUAGUAUCAUAGGCCAUAGUAUAGGCCUAGGCUUUUGUACUGUCUACAUGUAUUGUGCGACAUGAUAUUGAAAUUCAACUUGUUCUGAUUUGUCUGGAUCUCCUACGGGAAUUCCCCGUGGAAUCAAUUAUUUCCCAGUGACUUCUCGACCACGCGUAUGCCCUGCUCUCGCGCCUUGGAAGAUAGGAAUCAGUGAAGCAUGAUUGUCAGUUGACAUCUGUGAGAAAAGGCUUUGAUGAGUUCGCGUUGACCUUGGCGUGCGAACAUCUCUCUGAGGCACGUGACAACGAGAGAUCGACUACCCGCAAAUAUCAGCCUAGCAGUAUUAAACUUUAAUUAAUUUUACAAUGUACAUGCUGUACAGAAUCAUUCGUUAGGAGUGCUCGACCCGAUUGAAAUGGGCGAUCAAACUGCUAGUUAUGUCAUGCUGGGCAUGCUUCUAGAUUUUCUGGCAUUGCUAUGGAUUAUCAGCUACACGAGUCAAAAGUUCGAAAGCCUGGUUGCGAGAUUAAGACAAGCACAAGAGACUAGGCCUAUUGAUCGUUCUAUCCGAUUUUAUCAGUCUAUAUGGCCUCGAAUAGAAGGCGGUUUCUGCUUGGCUGUGUUGCUAUUUUUGGCAGUCAAAGGUUUCUCGUUCCCGUCGUACCAACCCGUGGUUGCAAAUAAGACGUCAGAAAAGAAAUCUGCAACCCUGGAUGACGACGUCUGGUGCAGAAAAUGCUUAUUUUUGACGUCAUUGCUGUACGGACUUUCAACUUUGUACCAGGGCAGCUCCAACUCGAACGUAGUAUCUUGGUUCGCGAGGUCGUGUCUUCUUGCAACGUUUUUGAAUGAGAUGUACUUAUUCAGAAUAUAUUUAUUUUAUACUGACGAUAGGAUAGAAGUUCGAAUGCAUAAUGUUCUGGUGAUUAUCAUUGCAUUAAGUACUGCAAUAAUACUAAUGGAUAUGCUGAAAGAUUUUUAUGUUUCUUUAUCUACGUAUAAGAUCAUUGAAAAGCUACCAUGGUUACGAUGUGUUUUGCUUUUAUUACAAGGUAAUUGGCUGGUUCAAAUUGGAUGCACGUUCUACGUCGAGUUACAAAAUAACGGGUCAUUGUUUGACCUUAUUUUCUCCCUCAUUUGUCAAACAAGUUUUGCUGCUUUUUUGAUGUGUGUCAUGUAUUUUACUGGGAAAGCAUUAGUGUUUGAUUCUGCUUCUACGGACGGAGAUAACGACUUACCAAGUGACGAGUGUACGGACACGUGUAUCGAUUGCUUGACCGCUGUUUUCUCUAAUUCUAGCCCAAUUCCGUACCACUAUUGAUUAUGUUAUCUUACAUUUUGUGGUGGGAUUUUACUAUACAUCUUUUGCGAUGUAUCACACAACAUUGACAAUGAUGUAGUGAUGCGAUGCAGUUUUUAUGACGUGCAUCAUUGUUUUUAAUAUCUCCAUUCUGCCAGAAAAAAAAAAACGCUCUGUAAAAAACAUAGAGAUAAACGGGGACGAAUGGACAAAAUUGUUUUUUAAUUACGCUUGGUUCCGAGGGAUGAGGCCUAUCUUGCAAAUAUUUAAUUAGAAAAAAAGACAAAAAUACAAUAAAAUAAAUAAAAUAAGGUCCAAAAGACGAUUUUAAAACAAAUAAUAUUUAAAAAUAUUGUGAAAUGAGCUAUUAAAAACUGUUAUGUAAACUCGAGUGUUUUGUUGUUUUAUGGAUUCCGCUGAUGUGCACGUAUGAUAUUACAGUUUGCCCUCC